AUGGGGAAAAAGUGGUUAGUUUUUGGUGUUUUGGUGUUGUGUGCUGUUGCAGUGGAAUCCGCAUAUACACCGGCGUCGGCUGCCGACAGUUCUCAGUUUGGGGUUGCACUCAACACGACUAAGCCUCUCACUCUUCCUUCUGCAUGUGGGGUUUCAUCUCCUUCCGUUAGCCACUGUAGGGAGAUGGCGAGCUCAACAGAGGGACUUUUCCUUUCUUCAGGUGCUGCAAUGUUGCCACAUCCUUCCAAGGCAUUGACAGGUGGAGAGGAUGCUUUUUUUGUCACACAUAAUUGGUUAGGUGUAGCUGAUGGAGUUGGUCAGUGGUCACUGAAAGGUAUUAAUGCUGGACUUUAUGCCCGUGAGCUAAUGGAGGGUUGCGCAAAGAUGGUUUCAGAAUUUCAAGGAGCUCAACUAAUGAAACCUGAAGAAAUUCUUAUUCAAAGUGCUGCAGAAGCACGUUCCUUUGGUUCGUCUACAGUUUUGGUUGCUUAUUUUGAUGGUCAGGCUCUCAAUGUGGCAAAUAUUGGGGACUCUGGUUUCAUCAUAAUAAGAAAUGGCUCUGUUUUUAGAAGGUCCUCUCCAAUGGUUUAUGGAUUCAAUUUUCCAUUGCAGAUUGGAAGAGGGGAUGAUCCAUCAGAGCUUAUAGAGGGAUACAAAAUUGAUUUGGAUGAGGGCGACAUAGUCAUCACUGCAACAGAUGGGCUUUUUGACAAUCUUUAUGAACAAGAAAUAAAAACGAUUGUAUCAAAAUCAUUGGAAGCAAGUCUGAAACCUAAGGAAAUAGCAGCAUUCUUAGCUUCAAGAGCACAAGAAGUGGGGAAGUCGGCAUCAGUAAUGAGUCCUUUUGCAGAUGCUGCCCGGGCAGCUGGGUACACAAGAGAUACUGGUGGAAAGCUUGAUGAUGUUACUGUUAUUGUUUCUUUUGUACAACAGAAUUCCAACUUUUACCCCGAGUGAUACAAUCUUCAUUUUAUUCUUUAAUUUGAUGCUGUCAAUACAAAUAAGAUUUGCAGUUUUCCC